AUGGAAGAAGCCCAUGGCGAUUGGUACUGCCUUCCUUUUGGUUCGCCAAAAAUACAAGAGCUUGCCACGAAGUACGGAGUGAGCGGAAUCCCAGCCUUAAUUAUCAUCAAAGCCGAUGGCAAAGAAGUCACAAAGAAUGGAAGAGGCGAUGUUACGUUUGAUUUUUGUCGUAGAAUUGCUCAAGAAAGUCUUCAAAAUUGGCGUUUUCAGAGCAAAAAUCCGAAAGCUGCGCUGUCAGCAUGGAAAUCUGCUUGA